AUGCCCCGCCGACUGCGAUCAAAUCGCGAGAGUCACCCAGAUAUUGACGUUGAAAUUGACCAAGGCCCCCAGAUACCCACCCAUCUCGACCGGCCAAUUCGAUUCCUCACGACUCCAGCUCCAACUCCCGCGCGCUCCCCACUGCUCCUUCGCAGCCCAUCUCGCUUACCCGGCAUAACCAGCGAUGACCUCCGGAUCCUCCGCACAAAACAGCGUCGCCUCCAGCGCUCAGCGUCUCUCACCACACAAGCCACCCGCGAGCUAGGCCCAUGGGCAAUCCGCGGCCUAUCGUCGACGCUGAUCUUCGCACAGCAUGAAGCCGGCACGGCGGUCUGUAUCGACGCGCGCGGGUGGAUGCUAACCUGUGCACAUUGCUUCGGCGAGACUGCGCAGGAAUGGCGAGCUCACCGCCGGAAAUGGCUUCUGUGUUAUACGGGGCUGGCAGUGCAAGUCGAGUGCCAGGUCUGGGAUGCACGGCGUGAUCUCGCGCUUGCCAAGGUAGUCUGCAUCGAGGCGCCUGAGGAGCUGAGCAGUAGCAGCAGCAGUCACCCCGCAACUCCCGUCUUCACAUUCGUCCCCCUCUCUACGUCGCAGUCGACCACCGCUCCGAUCAUUUGCAUCGGACAGCCAGGCGCCGACGACCUGGAUAAAACCGCCUACGAUCUGAUCGAAAUUUCCAAGGGUCGGCUAUGCGGUCUGAUUCCUGACGUCGAUCCACAGGAUAACUCGGAGAUCGGGGCGCUGAAGCACGAUGCGUGGACAUACUGGGGUCAUUCUGGAGCGCCGCUGUUGCGGAGAGCAGAUGGGAGCUUGCUAGGACUGCAUUCCUCGUGGGAUGAUAGUACUGGUAUGCGUCAUGGGGUGCCACUAGCUGCCAUCAAGGCGUUUCUCAGUGAACACCUACCCCUAGACGAAGCUGAUCUUCCAGGACCUACCGCGUCCGCUCGUAGUUUGGAGAAGAAAGAACCGGAGAUCAUCGUGAUAGAUAGCUCUGAUUGA